UAUUUUACUUGGGGAAUAUUCUUUCGUCUAUUUCAUCAUCCCCACUCCACAGACACCUCUCUCGCUGCCCUCUCAUCGAUCCUCUGUCAUCGCUGGUUUGGUUGGUGGAGUUUCCGAGAGGAUAACAGCCUGAAAAAAAUGGCAUUAGCUGCGAAUAGCGUCGUAAUAUCUCAGAAUAGAGCCUUGGGUUUCCCUUCUUCAAAGCUUCUUUCAAAUCUUCAUUCCCAUUUACACACACACUCUUCCUCCUUCCAACAACGUAUCCGUCGGAUUCCUAUCUCCACCACUACUGCAUCUUCCUCUAUCACGAAGGCCACCCUCUCAGAUGUUCAGCUUCGAGACCUCAAUCCCGUCUCCACCACCACUAUGUGGUCGGAGUUUUCGAGGAAUGUGUCGGGUGAAUGGGAUGGUUAUGGAGCGGACUUCUCAGAGGAAGGGAAACCGAGUGAACUUCCCGAGUCUGUUGUACCAGACGCUUACAGGGAGUGGGAGGUGAAGGUGUUUGAUUGGCAAACUCAGUGUCCAACCCUUGCUGAGCCGGAGGAGCGCCUUCUUGUUUACAAGUCAAUCAAGUUACUUCCCACAGUUGGAUGCGAAGCCGAUGCUGCCACGCGGUAUAGCAUAGAUGAGAGAAUUAUCGGUGGGGUAGAAGAUAACAACAAAGUCUCUGCCUUCGCAUAUCAUGCCAGUGGAAGCUACGUAGCUGUAUGGCCGAUUGAGGAUAUGGGCACGUCUAAAUUGUUGGAGUUGGAGUACUGUUUGGUUAAUCCUCAAGAUCGGGAGUCCCGUGUGAGGAUAAUUCAGGUUGUCCGUGUAGAUAGAACGAAGAUGGGGUUACAUAAUGUUAAAGUUUUUCGUGAGCAGUGGUACGGGCCUUUCAGAAAUGGGGAACAGUUGGGUGGGUGUGCUAUCCGGGAUUCUGGAUUUGCUGCUACUGAGACCAUGGAAGCGCCAGAAGUUGCUGGUGUUUGGCAGGGACCUCAUGCUGUUGCCAGUUUCGAUGUUUUUCAGACUGACUUUCUUCGAGAAGUUGUAGGUGACAGUGUACGGAAGUCAGUGAGGGAUGAAUCUGACCUUAUAUUGCUUCCCAAGCAACUGUGGUGCUCACUUAAAGAAAGCGAAGAUGAUGAGACUUGUAGUGAAGUGGGAUGGCUCUUUGAUCAUGGACGUGUAAUCACAUCUAGGUGCAUCUUCUCUGCUGCAAAGUUGAAGGAAGUGUCGAUAUCAUGUGAAACCAGAGCUGCAGAUGAUGCAGAGCAAUAGAUAGCGAGUCAGAUCGGCUUUCACCUAGAAAGUUACACUGUACUUUGACUAGUACAUCAAAUUGAACCAGAAAGAGGGAGGGCUAAUUGUAAUGAGAGUGUGUAUCUUAUUGCCUUUAUGACUAACAAUUAAGAAUGACAAUAUACAGCUUUGUCUGCGUAUAA